UAGAGUAAAUUUUCCAUAAACUAAUAACAACACCGAGUCAAUUCAGAAUUCAGAACUCACAUCACAGUCUACAUAGAUCCUAAACCUUCUCCACAGCACAGGUAGAGAAAAUGAGAGCAUUGUUGAGGAAGGUAGCCAAGGCUGCUGCUGCACCGGUGGCCUUCAGUGGGCAUUCCAAGUCAAAUUUUGCAAACCCUAUUCGUUUCCCCUUUGGAGCUAUUGCAGCCGUUACUGGUUGCGUCUCCUAUUAUUACUCCUAUUCUUCUCCUAAUAAUUUGGUGUACUUAGAGCAAAUCAAUGAAGAUUCUGGUCAAAAAGCUGCUCUAAAUCCUGAUAAAUGGAUUGAAUUUAAGCUGCAAGAUCGAGCACCAGUUAGCCACAAUAGUCAUCUCUUCAGGUUUUCGUUUGAUCCUUCUGCAAAGUUAGGUCUUGAUAUUGCAUCUUGCAUUCUUACGAGGGCACCAAUGGGAGAAAAUGCUGAAGGAAAACCAAAAUACUGCAUUCGGCCUUAUACUCCUAUAUCUGAUCCAGAAGCCAAUGGAUACUUUGAUCUGUUAAUUAAGGUUUAUCCAGAAGGGAAAAUGAGCCAGCAUUUUGCAAGCUUAAAACCGGGCGAUGUACUUGCAGUGAAAGGGCCCAUUGAGAAAUUGCGUUACAGUCCAAACAUGAAGAAACAUAUAGGCAUGAUUGCAGGGGGCAGUGGCAUCACUCCAAUGCUCCAGGUGAUAGAGGCCAUUCUUAAGAACCCUGAUGAUAAUACUCAGGUCUCGUUGGUUUAUGCUAAUGUGUCACCUGAUGACAUACUGCUAAAGAAGAAACUUGAUGUACUUGCAGCCACCCACCUGAAUCUCAAGGUAUUUUACACUGUAGAUAAUCCAACCAAUGAUUGGAGAGGCGGUAUAGGUUACGUAUCGAAGGACAUGGUUGUGAAAGGACUACCUCUGCCUGGUGAUGAUACACUUAUCCUUGUAUGUGGCCCUCCUGGGAUGAUAAAACAUUUAUCUGGCGAAAAGCCAAAUCCACGUGAGCAAGGCGAGUUAACUGGACUACUCAAGGAUGUGGGCUUCACAAAAAACAUGGUUUACAAAUUUUAAUGAGUUUGUUAACGUUAUGUUCCAUUGCCUUCUAUUGAAUAAAAACCUUUUCUUUGGAAAAAAGCACAAUCUUCUACAACAUAAAGCGACGGUUUGGCGUUCAUGAUGUUUCCCGCAGGUCCUUGUAUAGAUUGUCUGAAGUGAGAAAUUUUUGGAACAUCUAGAAAAUAAUUCUAGGGCGAACAUUAAAAAACUUUAUAUCUGUCCACACUUACUGACCUAGUAGUAACUGAAUUUAUGGAGGUAAAUCUCUCUUUUAUAUCA